AUGCCGAUUUUGACGGGCUGUUGCUGUUUCGGUAGUUUAAAAAAUGGAAGUAGAGCCAGUGCCGUAUUCACGUUGGUGUCCGCCAUUAUAAACAUCAUCAUUGAUAUUGUAGCGCUAAAAAAAAUGUAUUGGUUCAUCACUGAGAAAGAACCCCAAGAAAAAUAUCUCUAUCUACCACCCGGUAUAGUGGCAUUGGUGAGCAUAGAACUCGUUUCCAGCAUCGCCAUGAUUCCCGUUUCCUUGGUUUUGCUCAUUGGAAUCAAUUAUGCCUAUGAGGGUAGGAAGAUGAUAUUUGCCUGGAUUGGCUUCAUGUGCGUUGACCGAAUGUACGACUUCUUCCUCGGCGUCUACACGCUCGCCUGGAUUGGCGGACACAGAUUUAGGGAUGUUUUAUACACUGUACCUGAAUCAAUUGUCGUGUCAGUUUAUUGGCUUAUCGACAGCAUCAUCUUAAUUGCCGCCAUAUUGUGCGUCAUUUCUUACUGGCAAGAAUUAAAAGAUUACCUAUUUGGUAAAGAACGAAGAGUCAAGCACUACAACAAGUUGGCCAACAUCAGACAAGCGGCACUAAGUGGACAGAACACGCCAUAUAAGAGUUAUUAUUCAUCAAGGUCUCUUCUGGCUCUCGACCAAUCGCAACACUCUCUAAAUUUUGCCUGA